AUGGAUAAUAAAGCUGUACACCAACCAAUGGUCACUGACGAACCUCAAAAUGAAGUUCAAGUUUCCAACAUUCACCCAUUGUCUGAUCUCAUGAAUAUAAGUGUAGCGUUUAAGGAAAUAGUGUCAAAGGAUCCACCUAGGUAUACAAAAUUUCUCGAAGCUAUCAAUAAGACAUUUGAAGAAAUUAGCGAUUGCAUUGGUCCAGAAGAGUUUAAAAAUAUAAUGGGCGAUAUAUCAUUUUUAAAAAGUAAAAGGAAUGUAACAAAUUUGUUGUCUACAUUGAAAACUCAGAUUAGGAAUCUGAUGAGCAAGCAUUUUGAACAAAUUAUUGAGGAAGAAAAUCUGUCUGAACUAUUUACUAAAAAAAAUGCAUUAAAUGAGGAAGAAGCAAAAAAAUAUUACAUUAAUAAUGAAUCCAUGGAAAUCAUAGAAUUAGAAGAGACUAUACGUAAACUUGAUGUACAAAUUUCUGAUUUGGAAGAGACUAAUGAAGUUUUGUUCAAUCAAGGAAAGUUCAAUAAACAGCGAUUUGAUCAAGUAUCGGAGAGGAUAACAAUGUUAAUAGAAGAAUGUGAAACUAAAUACGUUAACAUUUUACAACAAAUAGACUUAAUAAGAAAUGAUUUCACCAACAUACUGAAAGAUCCUUGA